CACUGUCACCGGAAGUGGUUGAGAAGUAGGAAGUGGAAGAUGGAGGCCGCCGUGUUCAUCUUCUCCCUGAUAGACUGCUGCGCUUUGAUUUUUCUCUCCGUCUACUUCAUCAUCACUCUGUCUGAUCUAGAGUGUGAUUAUAUCAAUGCGCGGGCCUGCUGCUCCAAGUUAAACAAAUGGGUACUGCCAGAGUUGGUGUGCCAGGGCCUGGCUACAGUCCUCAUGCUGGUCUCCAUGCACUGGUUCAUUUUUCUCCUCAACCUGCCUGUGGCAUCCUGGAACCUAUACCGGUACCUCAAGGUCCCCAUGGGUAACAUGGGCGUGUUUGACCCCACUGAGAUCCACAACCGGGGACAGCUAAAGUCCCACAUGAAGGAGGCCAUGAUCAAGCUAGGCUUCCACCUGCUCUGCUUCUUCAUCUACCUGUACAGUAUGAUCCUGGCUCUGAUCAACGAUUGAUGCUUCCUGGUGACAGUCACACUCCAGCGGCCCAAUCAGAAAUCAGGAAUUGCCCUCGGUCCUUUCAUCAUAACCCCACCCAUUCCAUCAACCUGCUCUAUAACUAUGACCUGUCAAACACUAGAUCACUCCCAGUCUAACCAUUGUGGAGCUCUACAUAUGGAUGAAAUAAGAUUUACAAAGGUGGUGUGUGUGUGUGUGUGUGUGAGUGUGUGUGUGUGUGAGUGUGUGAGAGAGAGAGAGAAAUUGACCAUUAUACUGAGUGUUGGUGUGUAGGAGACUGAUCUUUAUGUGUGCGAGUGAUGGGUCUGUGUGUGUGUGUGUGUGUGUGUGUGUGUGUGUGAGAGAGAGAGAGAAAUUGACCAUUAUACUGAGUGUUGGUGUGUAGGAGACUGAUCUUUAUGUGUGCGAGUGAUGGGUCUGUGUGUGUCUGUCUGUCUGUCUGUCUGUGUGUGUGUGUGUGUGUGUGUGUGUGUGUGCGUGCGUGCGUGCGUGUGUGUGUGUGUUUUUGACAUCCUGAGGCUACAGUAUUAAUCCUUGGACAUGGGGGAAGACUCUUAGAUUAUACAGUAAUUAGAUAAUGAUUCAAUCAAUGGCCCAAAUUAAACGAUAGUACUCAAAUAAAAACCACAAAGCCACGUUACGUACAAAAAAGUGAGCGUGUGUGUGUGUUUGCUUGAGCCUCCCACGUGUCACAUCAGAGUGACGCUGUCUGACUGUGGGACGUUCACUCUUAACUUCCACGUGGAUGUCCAGUGACAGCAGCGUUUGCCUGAAUGGAGCAACUUCAGGUUUUCUCGUUCACGGAGAAACACGAACUCCAUUCAGUGCGUCAUGGCUGUCCACUCACCUGGGCCGUAUUUCCGCUUCAGCACGUUCCAGGGCUGCCGGGGGGGGGGGCUAAUUUUAUACAGUUUAUUAGAUGAUUAGAUGGGUAGUGAUGAAAUCGAUGUGAUUAAGAACUUGCGACUGAUUCUUAAAGCCAGCCAAAAAAACAGGUUUACAAGUCUGAAUUGUUUGUCAGGGUUCUCACUUCCUAUGGACCUCGGUUCUCCACUUCUGCCUGAAAGACACAAAGUUCUCGACUGACCAAAAUCAUAGUGCUCAAUAUUUCCGUCAUGCUUAGGAUAACCAUUCCCAAAGAUCACCCUGAACCUCCUCUCGUGUUCUUUGUAGACGUGCUAAUGCACCCGGCGACAAUCAGAUAUCAAAUCUUUAAGUCGGCGAUUAGCUGAGCCAUGUGUGCUGGAGCUACCACGUGUAAGAUGAUGUGGGGGGGGCGGGUCUUCAGGGGGGAACUUUGAGGUCUCCUGACCCAGACUGAUGGGACUGUGAGGUCUCCUGACUCAGACUGAUGGGACUGUGAGUUGUGGGUCAGAUUUGUUGUAGGUGAUCUUAUCAUGCCGCACUGGGUUUAACUCUGCAGAUAAAAGCAACUCAAUGGGAGUUGCUUCCAGCCUUGUUCAUUAUUAAGUGUUUUUCCAUAUUCUUGUAAGUGAUGUAAACUGUUCGGUAAUACAAACAAUUGUUUUUUCAUACUUUUGUCUGGUGAAUUAUGUUCCAGAUCAACUCAAAAGCCAGAUUUGGACCUUGGAAGGUUCUGGUUUAAGUAGGUUGGAUUCAAGAUGCCAUCGAGUUGAACGUUGUCACAUGACUGAUUUAUCGCGUUGAUUACUGGGGAAGAUGGUUUGCUUUAGAGGUAUGCUGUUAGCUGUUUGUUCUGGAAGUUCGUGCCAUAUUUCAGUGCUGCCUUUAGAAAUUCACCUGUAUACUGGGUUUUGCUUUCCCAAAUCUGCAGGGGUUAUGUCUGCAAUGUAAGUAUGGAUUUUAAUAAGUCACAGGUUUGCCUGUGUUUACAAAAUAUCAGUAGCAAACUAGUACACAUCAUUGUUUAAAAGCUGAAUGUCAUUUUGGCUAAAUCCUGGCACUCUGGUGUAAUAAUUGGUUGACAGUAAUUAACACUGUAUUACGAAUGUUAAUUUGAAAAUAAGUGCAAAACUGAAGAAAUGUUUACUCCCCGUUUCAGUAUGUAUAAAUAAACCUAUGACCAGAAA